CUGCCGGGGCCGCCUGCCGCGUCCCACCCGCACUGAGUUCCACUGCCCCGCGCGGACCGCGACCCCCGCCCCCGUCCCCGGCUCCGGCGCGCGCCGGGCCCUCUGCCGCCACUAUGUCGUCCGACUUCGAGGGCUAUGAGCAGGACUUCGCGGUGCUCACCGCCGAGAUCACCAGCAAGAUCACCAGGGUCCCGCGACUCCCGCCCGAUGAGAAGAAGCAGAUGGUUGCAAAUGUGGAGAAGCAGCUUGAAGAAGCAAAAGAGCUGCUUGAGCAGAUGGAUUUGGAAGUCCGAGAGAUACCACCCCAGAGUCGAGGCAUGUACAGCAACAGGAUGAGAAGCUACAAGCAAGAAAUGGGAAAACUUGAAACAGAUUUUAAAAGGUCACGGAUCGCCUACAGUGACGAAGUCCGGAAUGAGCUCCUAGGGGAUGACGGGAAUUCCUCUGAGAACCAGUUGAUAAAAUUACGUGAAGAGAGGGCACAUCUGCUCGAUAACACAGAGAGGCUGGAAAGGUCAUCUCGGAGACUAGAGGCUGGAUACCAAAUAGCAGUGGAAACCGAGCAAAUUGGCCAGGAGAUGUUGGAAAAUCUCAGUCAUGACAGAGAAAAGAUACAGCGGGCACGUGAAAGACUGCGGGAAACAGAUGCUAACCUGGGGAAGAGCUCCCGCGUCCUGACAGGGAUGUUGCGAAGAAUCAUCCAGAACCGCAUCCUGCUUGUCAUCUUGGGUACCAUUCUGGUCAUCACCAUCCUGACGGCAAUCACUCUUUCUUUUCGAAGACACUGAUGUAUCAGCCCUUCCUUGAUAAACAGCAACAAAGGCGUGUUCUGAGUAAUUAAGACAAAAUGGUCACAUGAAUCAUUCCUGGGCACUGACAGGCCCGCGCGACCUUCCCUCCCCUCCCCCGCCCCACGGACGUGCACACAGUGUCUGUGUCUGUCCGCGUGGGGGGGCGCCUCCCUCCCCCAGGCUUGUCUUCACCCAGAUUUGUUUUUGAGAGGGGGAUGGUGACUGUUUCUUUCUUCUUUUUUUUCUGGUAAUGUCUUCUACUGACGAAAGUCCCUUUGAUGACCUUCCUCGUCCCAUAGCCAUGCAGGGCCACAGUCUGGGAGAGGACUUGGUGAGUCCAUAGGAACUUACACAUUCUUGGGGCUUCUGAGACGCGGUCCCGUUUGCCCUCUGACAUGUCACCAAAUUGCCCUCCGUGAUGUCUUGAGGAUAAAUAUGCAGGAGAGAUGGGGCCCAGAGCCAGCUACCGGCUCCGGCACACCAAACCCCCAUUCCCACCCAAACCAAAGGGUGAUGUCUCCAUGUCUGAGUGCUUCCAGUGACUUGGGUCAGCAGUGCCGAAAGUGCAGGAGUGAACAGUACUGGCCCUGUUUCUCUAAGAUAUAUAUAUUAUAUAUGUUCUUCUUUUUUUUUUAACCUCAAGACAAUUUCUCACCUGAGUCCGUCCAGUAUAAUUUUUUUGCCUUCCCCCAAAUCCCCUGCUGCCCUGAAUUUGCCAGCAAAGCGAGCCCUGGUAUAUCGUGGUGACCUCCCGCCCCCCGGCCUGUGUAAGCAUCUCCGUGUCCUCUCCGUUUUAGUAUCUGUGCUGCCGAAAGCAGCCCUCCUACACGCAGAAGGUCUGAUGGGGUCUCUGCACAUCCACCCCAGUAUGUAAAGAGAACAUGAAUAUUUCAGCACGAGCAAGAACAUGUCUUGUCCAUGUGAGAUUCCAGAUAUGAUUAUAAGUAUGGCCGAGUCCUAUAGGAUGAGCUACUCGAACUAAACUUUUUGGACAAUGCUCACCAACCUCCUUAUUUGAAAAAAAAAGAAGAGGAAGAAGAAAAAGAAGGGAUCAUAGCAUCGUCUAAAAGGAUGGGGGUUUGGCUUUUGUUUUAUUCUUUUUAACUAACAAGUGUCAGCGCGGCCCUCCUGAAGCCCCGUGUGUUCAAACAGCUCCCAUGCUCUGUGAUUUCUUUUUUGUUUCUUCCUGUCCACUGUAACAGGGAAUCAUGUUCAAAUCAAGCUCCUUAAUGACUCCGCUGGGGUCAUGUUCCCCACCCUACCCCUCACUCAGAAAGCAAAAUAGAUGUUUCUUAAGAGUCC